UCGGAUGACUUCUUUUGGCCCGGAUGACUUCUUUUUCGCCACCUUGUACAGGGUGCGUACGGUAUUUGAGGACAUACAUGGAGGACUACAACUUAACUCAACAAAUGAAGAGACAUGCAGUUAUUGUCGCAUUAUGUGCAAAUCACACCGAUUUAGAAAUAUCGAAUUUUCUGAAGUGCGCCCGUUCGUUCGUUUAUAAGGUGCGCUGUGAGUUGGAAGCAUCAAGGGGCAACGCAGAGCCUGUUUCAAAACGCAAAAAACACGAGGAACGUUCUGAAACCAUCCGAUCGGCAGAAUUUGUUCAAAAAGUGCAAGCGAUUAUUGAUGAGGACCCUUCAAAGUCAAUAAGGGCCCUGGCAAAGGAUCUUAAUGUUUCUGACAGUCUUAUCCGUCGAGUUGCCCAUGAAGAUCUCCGGUAUAAGUCCUAUGUUAUGCGAAGAGGACAGUUUAUAUCAGAUAAAACACGAGAACAGCGAGUUAGACGUUCAAAACGUCUUCUUAACAAAAUUAAACACCCUGAAGCGGCGGAGAUGUUAUGGUUUUUUUCUGACGAAAAAAAUUUUGACCAAGACCAGAAGAUUAACCGGAGAAAUGACAGGUGGCUAUGUUCCAAUCCUACAGAGGUACCAGUGGUUAUGCACACCAAGUUUCCAGCCACUGUUAUGGUUUUAGGUGUUGAGAGCAACAAAGGACAUGUGAUGCCACCACACUUUUUCUCUCAAGGACUUCGAGUGAAUUCUGCUGCUUAUAUCGAGGUCCUGGAGACAGUUGUGAAACCCUGGAUUGAAAGUGUCUGUGGGGAUAGUCCAUACAUCUUUCAGCAAGACUCUGCUCCAUCACACAAGGCAAUGGCAACACAAGAUUGGAUGGCUGAGAAUUUCCAUGACCACAUAACCCCAUAAUAAACUCACCAAUAUUAAAUUUCACGACAAUACCUCAAUGCCCGAUCCUUGCCCUAGAGACAAACAGGGGGCACGAACAUUAAAGCUAAGACAAAAGGAUCAAUUAAUCCCCUAGUUGAUUCUAAUUCCAUCACCCGAUAAUGAUGUUAGCAUACGUAUUCCUAUCCUAAACAAUUCAUAAAGCGCGAUGUGAGCAGGUGGCAUAUACAGUGGCGAGCACAAGUGGAUACAUGUUUUGAUACUGUACUCAAAGUCUUGAGUGGCUGUAAAACCCACAAAAAUGCAUUAAUUGAUUCCAAAUUUUUAACAAAA